CUCAGUACACUCGAAGUUGUAAUACCAGAGCAGGCAGUUUCAAAGCUCAUAACGAAAUCAAGAAACAAGCUUGCUCAGAUCAGUGAGUUAUCAGGAGCCAAUGUGACCCUGGUAGAGGAUAGACCAGAGGAAACACAAAAGAUCAUUCAAAUUUCAGGUACUCCAGAGCAGGCUGAGAGAGCUCAGAGCUUGCUCCAGGGCUUUAUUUUAAGCACACAAGAAGACGGCCCUUAAACGAGCAGGAGCAACAUCUGUACUAAAAUUUUGAGCUGGUCUUGCCGGGAUAUUGUUGUUCAGAUCAUUUCUUGAUGUAUUAUCCUGUAAGGCAAGGGAGUUUUUGCUCCAUAGUUUAGGCACAUCGGUUUAUAUGAAUGCAUCCACUACCACUGUAAUUUGUAAAUGUAAUAUCUGAAGGAGUUUUAGCUUUAGUUGUCUGCGAAUCUGGGAAGUGCGAACACAAUCCAGUGACAAUUAUGUUUUGUGUAUUUUGUGUCGAUGAUCAAUGAUCAUGUCUCCACUUGUUUCCUUUU